AUGACGGCUCACGGUAUUCCGCUCAACACUCUCAAGCAGUGUCUCCAGUUCCUGCUGUGGUUGCAUCAAAAUAAGCAGAAUGGCGUGAAAGCCGGCGUUGCAAGAGAACUGCAUAAGAAUCUUACAGGCAAGUAUAACAAUGUUGAUCCGUCACAAAUUGAAUCCGCACUCUCCACUUUCCUUAGCAGCGUGUCAAAGUUUCAUAAUAAAUUGUGCUACAAACCAACGCCCGGAAGCUAUAGCACUGUAGAUGCACAAAACGUUACCGACGCCCUUCUAGAAUGCAUUCCCAAGUUUUUAGCCGUUAUGUACUUUUUGAGGUACAAUGUGGACGAUAAGUUCAGUGCGCUGGGUGGAGGGGGGUGGGCGAAUAAUCAAGUUGGUGGAAGCACACUACUGGCCAGUCAUCUGCAAAAAUAUCUCAUUGCUUCAUCAGGUUCUAAAGAUUAUGGUGUUAUACCUGGAGGAUUCAGUAGACAAGGCGACGUUAAACGUGAUUACCGCCAAGGUAGGAAUAUGACCACUGCCCUUACAACGAUUUGUGAGAAACAACGUGGCCAGUAUUUUCGCGAUGUUUUUUCCACUUCCGUGAUCAUUGCGACAUCCGGCACCCAGGACUCAAAUACAGCCAACGCCCUGGCGUUGGUGAGAACGUUUUGCUCAAUAGUCGAGGAGGGCAAGACAUCACAGGACGGCGGACAGAUAAAAAGUAAAUUGGAUGAGGAGAUUAAACUAGAAGGAAAAUGUAUUUGUUGGAAUAAUUUAAAAGCACAUUGUGAGAAGCUUAAAUCUGAAUUUAGCAAAAUUUUCACCGACCACCGCUUUUCAUUCACUGGCUUCGGUAGGAAGGUGGAAGACCUUAAGAAAGAAGAGUUUGCAGAGUACACGGCACAGUGGUUGCGAAGCAAUUUGGACAAAGUGAAGGAGAAUUUGGAGAAGAUUAAAACAGAUAAAACUACAAUGAAAAUUACUGCAGACUAUUUCAUCAAAAAUCUCUUCCCAUAUGGUUUCACAUUUGACAAAUAUAACUUCGAAAGACAGAAGGCUCAGCAAAAUGUUUUGCAAGAGAAUUGGGCUAAUGUAAUUAAUGAGCUUACAAGAGAGCAUGAAGGAUUGGAGAAAUUGAAAAAGAUUUUGGAUGGUGAAGUGUGUCCACCGGAGCCUUCUCCAGAACCUGAGAAGAUCUCUGAAGCCCCCAAGGAAGUGGUGCCGGAAAAGAAAGUUCCGGUUACUCCACCCCAAAAGCCUGAGGUCCCGCCUGCCAAGGUUCCCGCAAAUCCCAAAGCGGAGGGAGCACAGAACCAGGGGAAGAAAUCUGAGGGAGCGCAGAACCAAGGCAAGAAAGGGGAGGGGGCUUCAGAUCAGAAUAAUGAUCAAAGUCAAGAAAAGCCUCCAGGUUUACCAAUUGAAAAUUCUCCUGCUCCAGCUCCGCCUUCCGGUAAUGAUAGAGCUUCAGGGAAACCAGGGCCUACAGGUGAUCAAGGAGAUGCAGGCCCGGCAGGGCCUAAAGGUCCAGUGACGUUGGGGUCUUCUGAGCCUGCAGUUCGAACAGAUUCAUUAACUGUUCAACCCCAGCCGAAUACUAAUAUAGUUCUGCCACAGCGUCCCCCUCAGCCGCCUCCUCCCCCUCUUCCCGCUGGACCGCCUGCCUCCCCUAGUCAGCCAAGUGCCAAGGGCCACGAUCCGGGUUCACAUGGCGGUGUUACUCCAGGUUUACAGCCUGCUGUCUCUCAGGAGCCUGCGCUUGCUCAGACUCCGGGUGUUUCCACUUCAAGCUCUGAUGCAACUGGUGGCCGGGGGACUGGGCAAGAUGUAAGCGGCGUCGCUACUUUGCCAGCUGCCUCGGCGCCUGGUAAAGGUGUGGGUGGGAGGGAUUCACUUGUUCCAAACAGUAAAAAACCAUGCCCAAAUGGUUUGAGAACAGAGGAGGAGAAUGGAAAAAUAUACUGUUAUCCACAAAAUCAUAACCCUAUUCCCCCCAACUACAAAUUUAAUUACACCAGUGAGCAACUCUGGAAUGAUUUUCUGAAGAGGAAUGAUGCACCAAAUCAACCAAAUAAGCCUCUAUCCCAACACUCUCCAAUUCAACCUCACCCCCAACCACCUGUGAAAGUUUCUCAACCAACUGGCCAUAAUCCUGGUCCUCUGCUUCCGACUCCUCAGCCACCACGGGAAAGUAGGCAUGUUACCUAUAAAGAUGUCCCAAUACCGGGGCACGUGGAUCCAUAUGCUAGCACUUUGGGCAGCUUUGUAAUUGAGGACCAGCCUCGGUUUGAAAUUGACGGUGAAGCCGUCGAAGACAAGUCUCUUCAAGAAAUACAGGAUGAAUGGAAUGACAGAAUCGACGCAGAGGAGCAACGUGACGCCAUCUUGAAUAAGAUUAUAAAGGAAACACAGGACUAUCUUAAAUUAGAUGCGGACAUCUUGAAUGCAGAACAAACGCAAUUGAAAGACAUUGCAGAUUUGGACGCGAAGCAGAAGAGUUUUAAUUAUGAAGUCGAUGAGCAUAUUGAAGUUCCAGAACCUUAUACAACGGGUUUUAGUGACAAUAGUCAACAAGUGAUGGAUAUAACCGAAGAUAUUAUACACCCACCAAUUCCACCAGAACCUGAACUAUAUGACCCUGGCAUCGUCGAUGAGGGCAUUAAUAAGGACUCUCUUCCUAGGGUGAGAUUAGAAAUCAUUAAACCCGAACGGCGUGAUUCAACCGAUCAGUUCGACAGCGACACUUCGAAACACGGUGUGGAUGUGACAUUUGAUUAUUAUCCACCGGACCCUUUCAUCACAAAACCUAUACCGUUUCCUGAGCCUGUAUGGCCUGCAACCGAAUAUCAAGAUGUGGAACUUGAAGGUUCAGCAGUUACACAGGAGUAUCCGGAAUAUGCAUUGUUUCCCUCUACAGAACUCACGCCACUCACCCCCGUGGACAUCGACGAUCAUCCGGGUGUUAUGAUUGAUGAACCUAUAUGCCCGUUGUAUUCUCCCGUAUCAGUCACCGAAAAGCUCCCGCCCACCGAUGCCUCCUACCUGCCGCCCCGAACCGUGCGUGACAUGCUGUGCUGGAUCAGUGAUUUGACGUAUGCGCCGGGUUACGACGCAUUGACGCAACACAUUGCGGGCUUCUUUGACAACUCUCAGCUCAUUCCAUCGCCCGAAUCUUUCUUGGACAAAGAUGUCAUCAGCACUCUGCUCGAUGCCUGUGGCCACGCCAGCUCUGUGCUCGCUGCCAUGGAGGGGCCCAAGCCUCCGGACCCAUUGCAAUUCCACUACCAACGCUACGACAUCCCUCUCAUGUACUACUCCGAUGACCCCUACAGGCUGCUGUGCCAGGUGCGCAGCUACGUCUACGCUUCAUACCAUCAGUUAUCGUUUUUGCGCACCCUGUGCCGGCGGGGCUCCGACCAGGGCGGAUGGCGUGACUGUCUGUUUGGUAGAAAUAUCCUAUGA